AUGGCCGGCCGCCUCGAAGGAAAAGUCGCCAUUGUUACGGGUGGUGGCAGUGGUUUUGGCGCCGGAAUUGCAACCAAAUUCGUUCAAGAAGGGGCCAAAGUCCUCAUCUGUGACCUGUCUCAAGAGAAUGGCACCAGCGUCGCGCAGUCAUUGGGCUGCGAGUUCCAAGUAGCCAACGUCACCCAGCGCUCUGAUUGGGAAUCCUUGCUCAAGAAGGCCAUCGACUCCUUUGGAGGCCUCGACAUCAUAGUCAACAAUGCCGGAGCCACUUACAGCAACAAGCCAACCGAGACAGUCACCGAUAACGAUUUCGACUUGUGCUUCAAUGUCAAUGUGAAGAGUAUUUAUCUUUCGAGUAGUGUACUGUUGCCAUACUUCAUGGAGAACAACCGACCUGGCUGUUUCAUUCAGAUUGCUUCCACGGCCGGGAUCAGGCCACGUCCCGGGCUAACUUGGUAUAAUGCUUCCAAGGCCGCGGUCAGCAAUGCCACCAAGACGAUGGCAGUGGAAUAUGCGCCUAAGAAAAUCAGAUUUAAUGCCGUUUGCCCCGUCGUCGGAAGCACAGGGAUGACACAUCUUUUCCUGGGAAAACCAGACACCGAAGAGAACAGAAAGGCCUUUGUUUCGACUGUACCUUUAGGACGAGGUAGCACACCCAAGGAUGUGGCUAACGCUUGUUGUUACCUUGCCAGUGACGAAGCAGAAUUCAUCACGGGCGUGAAUUUGGAAGUGGACGGCGGCCGAUGUGUUUAG